ACCAUGUUGUUCAAACGCCAACAUGUUUACUACACGAUUAACAUGGAUAGUCAAACAUCAUUGUGAUAUGAGUUAUCCAAGAUGGAGUGAUGUUCCCCAAGCACAUAAGGAUGAGUUAAUCGAUUGUGUUCGGGGUGAUUUUGAACUUGAUUGGGAAUUGGAGAACCAUCGAUUGACAGUAACGAAACAGCUUCGGAAGCGCUUUAAUGCAUUCCACCAUGAAUUGCAUAGGAUAUAUUUAUCAUAUGCUAGCCACGAUGAAGCAUUGGCUAAUGGCACUGUUCUAGUCAGCCCCCUUGUUUGGGUGAAGCUAUGUGGUAGAUGGGGUAGCGAAACAUUCAAGAAAAUUUCUACAAAAAAUCGGGAGAAUAGGAAGAGGCUGGUUAUUAACCACACAGCCGGUCGCAAAUCUUUUGUGUGGAUUCUUGAAGAGAAGGUAUGGGAUUUAGGCUGUUUAACUUGACAUUAUCAAAUUUCCCACAGUUCUUUUUCAUUUAGCGUUAUAACAUUUAGUACACGUAUGGUAUAGCAUUUACUCGUUACGCUAAUAAAUACCAGGAUUAAGCUACCAAUCCCGGUGCUGAAAUAUGUUGUGCUAGAUUUCCUGACUGUGUGUUAUAUAUACACAUUCCACACACAUGUAGAGGGCUGAAUCGGGGAAUUUGGUAGACUUUUUCAAGGAAACCCACUGGUCCAAGAAGAAUUCAAAAUUUUUAUCACUUGCCACUGAAGACAAAUAUAAGGAUAUGGUAGGAAGGCUGGAUAAUCUAGAACCAGAGCAACGGACUGACGAAACGGCAGCGGGUGUGUUCAGAGAAGUGCUUGGUCAUAGACCAGGUUAUUCAAGAGGACUGGGAGAGAUGGUAAUCCCAGAGUCUACGAGACAACGUUCACUGGCAUGAGAGAAAGAGUACUUAGCUUUAAUUGAGAAACAUAAGAAAGACGAUGAAUCUUCCAAGAGUGAGAUGGAGGCAAUGAAGGCGAACAUGCAACUCUUGUUGGAGAGACAAGCGGAAACUGACCGCCUAUUGAGGGCCUUCUUCGCUGCUAACCCGUCGGCCAGUGAGU